GCCCGAGGCCACAGUCACUCGUGCGCGGUGACCAUCAACCUCCUGAGCGCAGCAGCUGCCGGCCGAGGUCUAUCCUUAGCAUGAGAGGAGGGUCCCGGGGCACCGCGGACCAUUCAGACUGCGACCUCGUGGGCUGUCUCACCUACUGCAGUGUGGCAGAAAGAUGAGGUUUCGACAGUUCUUUUUAGUAUUUUUUAUUUUUAUGAUGAAUCUUCUACUUAUCUGCGGACAGAGACCAGCUAAUUUGGCAGUAAGAAGAAAGUUGCACAGACACAACUGUCUUCAGAGGAGGUGCAUGCCUCUCCAUUCACGGGUGCCUUUCCCCUGAGGAACUAAGGUUCCCACCCACGUGGAGGAUGAUAACUUCAGGCCGAGCAAAAGAUUUCCCUGGAAGCUUACCAACCGAUCAGAAGAAAGUCAUAUAUCCUACAGCCCUCAGCCUGUCUUUUAUCUAUAAAAAACUUCUCACCCCAAACCAUUGAGGAGUUCGGGGUUUUUGAGUACCAGAAACAUUCAUUCUUGCUUGGCCCUGCAAUAAAUCUUUCUCUGCUUCAAACUGCAGUGUUUCAGUUGUUUGGCCUCACUGUAUGUUCUAUUAACCUCUGGAGGCAGCAUAGAGAUCCCCACUUCAGCUUACUUAAUCAGAACACUUUGUAUUUCUCUGUUUGUACAACUCACACUCCUUUCAACAAACUUUGGAUUCAUUCCCUCCCAAGUUUCUCUCAUCUCCUUUCAGGGACUUUUGAAAAUUACUGUUUACUAAUUUUUUUUUAAAAGAGAAAAGAGUACCUGCAUAAAAUAAAAU